CAUGUACUCUUUACCAGUAAUCGUGUUAUUCACUGUGGUACUGCAGGUGUCAUGUGAUUCGAAUUUCUCAUCAAUUGUUGAUGUAGCUUCUCUAAGUACCUUGCCCUUAGAUGCCUUACUGAAUAUUAAAAAAAAUGUCUUAAGCAUUACAACUGAUGCCCCAAGAGUAAAUGACAGUAAAACAACUGACUCUUUACUUAAAGGUACUCCAGAAGCUCUCCCUUAUAACGCUCAAAGUGGAUUUCAAAAAAAAGGUGACAACUUCUACCUCCAAUAUGAAGAAGAAGAAAAAUAUCACGAAAAAAAGAAGAGUAUUACCAAAAUAUUCCAACUCUCUGUUAUCACGCUCGCCUUUUUGGCUUUUGGUGGCUACCUACUCUUCCUUGUCAUAGCAGCCAUCAGAGAAAAACAAGAUUACUAUAAUAUGAACCCUAAUAUCACCCAGGUGAUGGCAGCUAUGGUAAACUCGGAACUAACCAAAAGAAGAAGAAAGAAAAAGAAGCCCAUUAAAGGUGAUAGUGCCUUUGGAUACAAAGAAGAAGAAUCUAUGGAGAAACUUUACCCUUCAAAGAUGAAACGAAAUUUUGAGCAGCACAUUGAUGUUGAGGAGAUGUAUCAAGUGUUGGUCAAUUUGUGUGAAGGUUAUACGAAAUUUGCAGGUUACCAUCAGAAGUCUUAAUUUUAUUUGUUCUUUUUUUAAGUUUUUAAAUAAAAUCAUGUAUUUAUAAAAACGUAAACACAUAAUGUAUCAAUAUUACACGGUCCUAAAGAAACAUUAUAAAUGGUUAUUGCCUUCCCUCGAAACCAAUCGUGCACCGUUAAAAUUCAUUUACGACUUGUAUUCGCGGUUGUAGCAAUAUACACACCAAAUAAAUUAUUAAUAGGAAUGAGGUUUGCAUGCUAUAAAUCAGACGGGGAUUUUUUAGCCUCUUCGGUAAGGAAAUUUCGGUGUUGGUUGUUCUCACACU